AUGCAAGGUGUCUUUAUGAAGAAAUACUCCGAGUCGGUGGAAGUGCUGAAGGAGAAAUCGUCCUCUGAGAAAGAAGUGGAAGAAAAAUGGACAGCGAUCGCGUUCAGUAACAAGAGAAAGCUCGCAGUUAUCCCCGUCUGGCUUUGGGUAGUUUUAGUAUUUGCCUUCCUGCUUUUUGUGGCUGGAUUAGUCUGUGUGAUUUUAGGUGCAACAAAAUCAACAACAACGUCCUGUGUCAAGACAACUAUGGUCAAGACGACUGCAGAACCUGGGAAGUCUGCAGGAGCGGAUCAAAUGUGCCUGUAUUCCGAAGAAGCAAAUCGAACAAAACUGCCCCAGUUUUUAAAGCAAGUGCAGACCGAGUACUAUGCUCUGAAUCCGAACAGCGUGGCUUGGCAACCAGAUAUUGAAGAACCUGAUGAGCAUGUAAAGCAAAGGUACUAUAGCUUGAGUAAUUUAAAACUUAAUAGAGAUUACUAAUGUUUGUGUAAGCUUAAAUUAAAAUACCGGUAACACAAAAAUUUGUUCACGCUGCGCGCCCUAGCUUUUGGAUGUACUCUUGAUGAGUCCGUGUAUUUCCUUACUGUUCCUUCUUUAACCACGGCUUAAGCAUAAUUGACUUUUAAAAGGUAAUUUAGUCUUUUAGCUUUAAUUUGAUAUAUAACUUGCCUUUGUAGCGAAAAUACUCGCGCGACUAGAAUUUUUUUCUGUGGGCACCUCGUUUUCCUUUACCGAGACCUUAAGUCUGCUACUCAUUAAUAUGCUCAAAGAAGGUACAAUGAGACGAUUAGAGGGGAGGGCGACUUUAAUUUAUGCAGUUAAAAACUAUAAGGCCAAGUAGCUGCUCCACACUGGACUGUGAUUUGAGAAGUUUAGGUGGAAGAAGGCCAGUGGAGUUCACUGCUCCUGUGGGGUUACUCAACAGGGCCUAGUUGUUCGAAGGCCAAUUAGCGCUUAAACCUAGGUUAAAUUUAACCCGUUUUUUUUUUAUUUUGUUCAAAAGCAUUUUCUCGGAUAGUUUUCUCUGUUAUUUUUAAGAGCUAGCAUCCAAUCAACAUCUUGUUGACAAAAAGAAUUAAGUUGAAUGUACUUUUUAAGCUUUCAUAUCUGAAUUCAAAUUUUGCACUAAUCCUGGGUUAUCUUAACCCAGCUUUGAACAACCAAGUCCAGAGUUUUAUUUAAGGAGGCUCCUACCUCUUUCCUAUUCAUGAUCUAUAAUGAUACCCCUUUCACAUACCUAGUUAAGAACUUUGCAUCUACUUUGACUGCUCUAAAUGCACUGUAUGUCUUUUAAAGAUGAAUAACUCACAUAUCCAGGAAGUAUUCUUGUCUUUUUCACAUCCAUAAAAUACAUCUGUUAGCCCUUUUGGGUCCUUUUACAGACCAAAAUGGCAGAUUUCUCCAUCUGUUUAUAUAUUUCAAUUGAUGGAUCCCUAUCAUUUUAUAUACUUGUAGGGUGCAAAAGGUCCCCAUUUCAGGGUGGGGCUUCCAUGUAUGGGCUAUGAUAGGGAGUACUCUGGGGGAGGGGGGGGGGUCUGAUAGUGGGAAGGUAAAAAGAGAAAAUAUGACCGGAAAAGUUUGUCAGAAAAAUAUGUAACUUACACAUUUUUGAAAAAUGUAUUAAUAAUUUAAAGAAUUUGGAACCAAUGAGAGAAAAGUCCAGGUGAAUGAUUGACUUUCUCUGAAUUCUCAUAUUUUAGUAGGGAAAGUCACUGGAGAUAGGGUCACGUUCUUGUGUUUGUGUUAAUAGAUGGAACUCUUCAGAACAGAAUGUCUUCGGACAACUUCGGAUAUUAUCAGAACCCUUCGAAAAAUCCUGGCACUCUCAGAAUGAAAAUGUCAUGCCUAUAAAUUUAGAAAAAGUUGGCAGGUAUGGCAAUCAAUAAGUGUUAAGCCCCUGUUUUUUUUUUUAAAUAAAACUCGUUUUCACAAGACAAGUCUUGCACUUGGCUUCAUCUUGAAAGUGAGGGUCUUGGAGCCCAGAAAUGGUCUGUUGUUGAUGGAAUAAAAGUUAAUACAUUUUUUUCCAUCACAAAAGGAGGAAAAUUCCCAAGAAACUGUCAGUUCGCACUGAUUAAUUUGUUGUUUGAUUUCAGGUAUUUCCCUUAUAACCCAGAUCCAGUACAACUGAAGAAGAAAACAGACAGAGCCUUAGAGCUACUUAAACAAAUAACAAGUAUUAAGAUUGACGAAAACAAAAUGAAGCCAAGAGAAGUGAAAGCCCUUGUUCAGGUAUUGAGUGUGUUUUAUAAAUCAGCUGAGAGAUUGAAGGACUAUUUGUCCAUAUUUUAUGUCAAAUUGCUCACCCCUUCCCUGCCUGAUACAAAGUUCCAUGAGUUUUUGAUAUGUUUAAUUUAAUGGAGUAAUCAUCCCCUAAAAUCAUUUGCAAUGGCUACAGUAUGUGCUCAUUAAAAAGAUAAAACAUACAGCUGAAAUGUUUAAGGUGAAAACAGUUGCAGGUCGAAAUGAAAUCCUUGCAGGUUAAAACUGUUUCAAAAUACUUUUUUCUUAUUUACUUACAGUAUUUAUUUAUUUAUUUAUUAUUUUUUUCUUGCUUUACCUUCAGAGAUAUUAGCAUUAGUUGAUGCUAUUUUUUGAAAUUCAAAGUGAAAUAAAGUUUUUGAUUUUAUUUAAUUUGAUUCGUCAGUGUCCUGUCUCUUAGGUCUAAAAUAGUCAUUAAUUUUUUUUUAAAAAUAUAAUUUUACGUUUAUUGACAAAACACAUAUUACAGUUGCAGUUUUUUUUAAAAUAGUCAUUAUUGUUACAAUGGAAACUGAGAACCUGUCUAGGUCAAAAGGUACCAUUUUAACCUAAAUUUCAUUUUGACCCACAACAUUAUACACUGUCACAAGUUAUGGUAAUCAAUUUUCUGAGUCAUUAAGGGACUUGAUUUAUGAUCUCCAUUUUAGAAACCAAAGGUGCCAAAUUGAAUUUUUGUCUCAUAAUUCUCCUCCGUUUUGAGUACUUGUCACAUGAUACUAUUAUUUUGUUUUUCAGCUUUCUGCAAAGAAAUUUGUAUUUUUUGUUUAUUCUGACUUAAGACAUUGACUUAAGGCGCAGAUCUAGGAUACAUACUGACAGAUUUUCUAAAUGAGCGCCGAAGGUGCAAGCCUCUAGGGGGGCCCAGGGCAUGCUCUUCCUUGGGAAAUGUUUUGGAUUUAAACUGCCCGAAGUCCCCUUUCCUGGGUUUCUGAGUCAUUCAGACAGGAUGUUGGCCAGUCUUCAACUUGGAAAGUUUUAUUUUUAUUAAAAUAAAUUAUUUUAUUUAUUAAAAUCUGACUGAUUUUCAUAAAACGGUGGAAACUGGUGUGGAUCUGUGCCUGCUGGCUAGAUUUUCAGUCUCCUCACAUGCUGUAUGCUCAUCAUUUUUGUCUUUUCUUCUUAAAGGUGAAGCAUUUUCUACAGCAUACAUUUGGUGUUCCAUAUGCUGAAAAUUACUAUGCAGGAGACUGGAUGUUAGGUCCUGACUUAUUUUGCUGGCAGCCUAUUUGUUCUCUGGCUUGGGAUAUCAAUGCCUUUGCUUAUCAUGUAAAACCUAAGACCUAUGAUGAUGUCCAGUUGGUGAUUGACACCAUCAGGAAACACAAGACACCAAUUGACCGUUACAGGUACUCAAUUUAGGUGACAUAUUUUUUUACACUUAAGAUCUCACUACUAAUAAUUAGUAGUGACAGGAGACAAUUAUUGUCUCUGGACAAAGUUUUCAUAUUUUGUUGACAUGUUCUCUACAAUUUUUACUGCUUGGGUUCCACUGUGAAGCAGAGCCGGUGGAAUUCUAGGUUCAUGUAGCUAGUCUAGACUUUCUUAAAGCCUGUUUCCGGUUUCUGCUGGUUAGGUGGUCAGCCGGGAAACGGAUGUUUCUCUCCUGCAGCGCGCUAUUUUUGACCGGCCAGUUUUCUGGCCGGCGGUGUGACGAGGGUGUUCGGGAUACCCAAUCAGGAAAAACUCUUGAUCUUGUUACGUUCGUACUCAGGAAACUUGAUCCAGGCGAAUCCUUGGCUUGGCACUCACUUGACUUUGAAGUGAAGGAAGCGUAGGAAAUGAACGCACACGAAGCGGUUAACUCCGACCGGUGUAAGGAAACUUAGCUUCAAAGAAAUUAGAGAGAAUCAGAGGAACGUGGUAUAGGGUAGGUUAGUGGUGGAGAUUUUUUUAUGGUUGGGUCGACAGGCUCAGUGAGAAGCCUAACAUUUCACAUCGCGGUGUUUGAAAACAUACAUCCUGCCAUACGGACUUUGCUGUUGAUUUCACCAAGGGAAUAGGUUGAGCAAUGAUGCUAGUUUCCUUGAAUACAAGGGCUUUUCGUUCGCUGCGAAAUUGAUCGUUAGGGUCUUAAGUUUACCUUUUGACCGAUUUUAUGGAGCCACUACCCUGGGUACCAGAGGAUUUUUCUCGCGUGUGACGAGGAGCUUCGUCGGCCGCAGGCCGACACGUCUUCGGCCUUUAGCAGAAGACACGAGCGGGGAAGCCGCUUUUUAAGACUUGACCGAAACCGGAAACCGCGCAUGAAAAGCCUCUGGCACCCAGGGUAUGGAGCCACAUACCAGUCUGCGAACGGACCUCUGCCUGUGCCAGCCUCUCUUUCGACGAGGUACUAAAAAUUGCUCUCUUAUCCAAAGGACCUUAGUUUUUCACCAUGUUUUUGUUGCUUCUGGCACAGUUUCCACAAAUAAUUUUAGUCGAACAGCUUUUCUUUCUAUGCUCAGCUUCGCACCGACGAGGAUUUCUAAGUUUACGCGAGCUGGUGACUUAGCGUGGUCCGCAAGAAACCUUCGGUGAAAACUCGAAUUUCAAAGACUUUCUACACUCAAGAUAGAAGUUACUUCUUUCGAUUUAGGACAAAGACUGACCCGGGAAACGGUUUUGUUUCUGGGCAGGUCAUAUUUAUUUAUCUCGGUGUUCAGACCAUCUAGUCAUAUGAGAACUGUUCAUCCUUCGGGCUGUCAUACGGCUGUUAAACCAUUUUUUCGCGCCAACAUUAUGAAAAUUAAGUUCAAUCUUCUGCAGACGGCACAGGGCGUCUCUCGACUUACGUUGCUCGCUUCGGGAGCGUCCCUCGCGCCUUCGGCGCUCACGCAGUCAAUUUUGGCAAGUCUAGUAGCUGGUUAAAUGAAUUGGUUUAACUGGUGACACCUUUCUUGAAAAUUGUGCAAACCAAUAGAAAUGUGGUGAUGGUGGAAAACUAUAUAAAUGAGGUGGAGGUGAUUGCUUUAACUUGUUUGCGCCUUUAAUGAAAAUUUUGAUGAACAGCAGAAAUGUGAUGGUGGUGCUGUGGUGAAGGGAAAACAAUAGAAAUUUGGUGAUGGUUGUGGUGGUGGUGGUGGUGGUAAAGGCAGGAAGGGGGAGGGGUAAGUAAAGAAUUGUGUUUCGUGGUAGAAAGAGCUAGUUUGCCUUCGCCCUCAUUAAUAUGCAUGAAUUGCGCGCCAGGAAUCAGUGAACCGGAACUGGAACAAUUGUUUCCUGUACUUAUGGACAACGAAAGCCGCAGGAAAUAACGUUAUAGCUCAGUGAUUUGAAGUCACAGGCAAGUUAGCCCUUAAUUCUUUGACAACAUGGAUCAACAAAUUACUAUCAAACUCAGAAAACCGUGAACGUUGAAAUACCCAGAAAUCCUGUCAAAUCGGUUAAACCACCUAAAAUAGCACACCACCUUGAGGUACAGACAAGACUCUGAUUUCAUAAACGUUAAUGUAUUCCUUUGCAAGGUAAAGAGAUUUCACCACAAAAAAAGGAAAAUUUUGUCCCUUCUAUACUACUUGUGACAGUUGUUAUACUCUGCCAUAAGCCCUGCAUGCUGUAUCAGUGGCACGAAAAUUCACAUUCGCUAAUUCAUUUGCAAAUUAAUCUUGUGUAAAGUUUGGUGUAAACGUUGUCCAGACAUCACUGACAUCAUGUCUGGUCCGAUAACAGUCUAAGUUGGCAGACAUUUUCUGAUGACCUACGUUUAUUUGCAGCUUUGAUGCCAUUUUUAUUCUAUUUCCAGACAAAAUGUUCAACUUGGCGUGAAAUCAGGGAUGAUUCGCACAGAGAUUGACUGCCAGGCCGGUGUAGAUGCCCUGAAAGAGUCUUACAGACAGCUUUCCUUAUCUGGUGAGGCUGCUGGCGUUCUUGCUGAAUGGUUUGCUAAAAGCUAUUUGAAAACCGACUACUUAGCUAAACUUGCCAGUGGAGUGGAUGACAAGUGGACCAAGGGCCAUAAUGGGGAGAAUGUAAAUGCAUCAAUAGCCAAGGCAUUAGAAGAAGGUAUUGGCCAGCCGCUGUUGGACUUGAUCAACUACCUUGAUAAUGAACACAAAAGUCACUGUCUCCCAAAUGACUUGGCGAGUGGUUUGGCGAACCUGCCUGUGGAUUUUGUGUAUAUUAAUGGCACACCAGAUAUAAACCAACCAACGAACAAGACCCUGCCUACUGGGGAACGACCGAAUGGUACCGAAAGCUACAAGUUGAUUCUUUCCUACUUCACCACAACUGACAUUUCACCUGAGGAGAUUUUUGUUGAAGGCAAGAAACAACUGAAGUUUUUCUAUGAUCAGGUAAGCCUUUUCUUUAAAAAACUGGAAGAGAUUUGCAGAUAGGUUGGGUAGGUAUAAGGAUGGUAGCCUGCGAGCAAGCUCUCCUACUUGGGCUUCGCCGCUCGCUCGCGCGUUCUCGCGAGACUCCUUUAACUCGCCCAAAUAGGAGAGCUUGCUCGCAGGCUAUAAGGAUGGCGCCACCGCUUUUUAGUUUGAGUAAGCUAGCCAUCUGGGAGCAAUGACCAGCUCCCAGUUGGUCGCAGAGUCCCAGUGUCGCAUACCCUGGGUGCCAGAGACUUUUCUAGCGCGGUUUCCGGUUUCUGUCAAGUCUUUGUAGUGACCCGCGCAAAAAGUUUUUCUUGCGGCUUUGCCGCUCGUGGCUUCGGCCUACGGCCGAAGAUGUGUCGGCCUUCGGCCAACACCGAAAAUUUCUGCCGCUCGCGAGAAAAACCUCUGGUACCCAGGGUAAGUGUCGUAGGGGUCAGGUGUCGAAUCCCGGCAAGCCUGAGUUUUUUUCAGGAUUUCUUUACGCAACUGCAUAAGUUGCGUCUUUAACUACGAUGAUCUUAUUUUAUUCCAACUCUCUUUCUUUGUCAAAUGUAGGCGUGAUUACCCUACGAACAGAGGUUUCUCUCAUGCAUGGCAUUCAGCGUUUACGAAGUCGUUUGCAUCGCUUGUCAGUCCCGUUGUUGGUUUGUGUUACUGGGGCGUAAAAAACAAAUCAACUACGCGACUGAUAAGCGACGCGGACGACUUCGUAAACGCUGAAUGCCAUGCAAGAGAAAAACCUCUGUUCGCAGGGUAAGGCGUGAUACUCGUUUACAGUUGUUUUGCUAAUUAAACCUGACAUCCUUGUUUACCUUCUCAUUCCCGUUGUCGGAUCUUAAGGGGUCCUACUGUACUUAUUUACGUUUGCGUUUAUACCAAGGUCGUCGUAUUUAUUUAAGCUCCCUAAUAAUAAAAGACUCAUACCCAGUUGCUGUUUACAUGACGGUGUUUUGGGUCGAGAGAAGAUUGGGGCUAGGUUGAGGUGCGUGGGGUGUCAUGGGAAGGGACGAAGAACAGUAGUUAUAUUUUCUCCUCGCCCCUUCUUACGAGUCCCCGCGCGCCUCAACGUAACUCCAGUGUUCUCUCACCACGAACACACAAAUGGCGACUGGGUAAGAGUCUUAAAUAUUUAUUCCUACGCUUUGGUUACAGGUUAUAGAUAUUGCCAAGAAGUACACUAACAAAUCGGACGAGACAGAAGCGGUUCAAGCUUUCCGUAAGAUCUUGGACUCCCGCAGCAUGUGGCAUAAUAAUGGCUCUUUUCCUGUAAAUGAAUCAAACGAACACGCAUACAAGACGUGUGUUGAUCCUGAAACAGCAGCAAAGUAUUGCCCUGUCAGAUGGAAAGCUGUUAACAAGUAGGUUUAGAUUUAUAAUCUUUAAACCACAUGGUAGCCUGCGAGAAAGCCUUUUGUUUGGGGGAUAUGCCUGCGCGUUCCUUCUCGUGGCUCUCUUGUGCACGCUCUUUCGGUCGCUCGCUUGCGCGUUCUUUCGUGCAACUCGCUCGCCUGUUCUCUCUCGCGGCUUGCUUGCGCGCUCUUUCUCGUAGCUCGCUUCUGCGUUCUCUCGCGUGGCUCGUUUGUGCAUUCUCUCUCGCUGCUCGAAAACGGAAAUGGGAGGCUUGCACGCAUGCGAAUCACCUUGAUGUGUUAAAAUCAACCCAACAGGCCACGGUUAUUGAAACGUUAUUUGAAUUAGUGUCAUCAAUUAGUUGAGGUCCAACCCCUCACCCUUGUAUAUGCCGUUUUAACAGAAAAGCUACCCCUUUCGUAUACCGUAAAAUUCCGAAAAUAAGCCCCGGGGCUUAUAUUUUUCAAAGGCCCUUUUUGAGGGGCUUAUUUUUGGAGGGGCUUAUAUUCGGAGGGGCUUAUCUACGGAGGGAAAUUUGCGUUUUAAAAUCGAUUGGACUAGCUUGUAGUGGGAAGGAAAUUUACCAUGUUUGCUUUGUUUUACUUUGUAUUCCAGGGAAAAUUCCAAGUACAAGCCCCCCGGGGGGCUUAUAUUUGGAGGGGCGAUUUAACGGAGGGUUUUUUGCGUUACGAUUUUGGGGGGCUUAUACAUGGAGGGGCUUAUUUUCGGAAUUUUACGGUAUCUUCCAUUGGCAAAUGGAAGAUCCUUAGUCUGUCAUAUACCUAAAGCCUAAAAGAGAUACCCUUUUCGGGCGCAGCCUCCCCGUAUAGGCCAUCAUAAGAAGCCACCCCCAGGCUUAGUGGGUCACGUACGGGUUUAUCGGUUCUUGAAACUUUAAAGUGUUACCCUCUCAACGUAAAGAAAUUUUGUUUGUUGUUUGUUUUGUUUUAUUACAUAAAUUUGUUCAAGUUUAAUCUUAUCUUGAUUGUAGAUGGGCACAGUACUGCCGUCAAGUGAUGGGUAUGCUCUAUCCCAAAAUAACAAACGUCUUCUAUUUCACUGGAUCAAAGGUCACUGCGCCCAACUGCCCCAUUGAGAUGCUUCCUCAUUAUAACCCUUCCAAUGGCGCCCAGUUUUUCAGCAGCUCUGACGCAGCUUGUUCUUCACCAGCAUACUUUGGACUCCCGUUUUUUCUUAAAGAUUUUGGUCCAAUUUUCCAAGAGUGGUCUGUCACUGGUCACGAAUCCAGGCCAGGCCAUCAUACUCAGGUUCAAGGUAGGCGCUGCGCAUGCCAUUCAGUUUUGAAACUCUCUAGGGGUAUUUCCCUCGAAAUCGAAGUCGCAACGACCGUUAUUGCAGAAACGACGAUCUUAGUUAAAGCGACGAUCGCAUAGCCAUUUCGAUCAAGUUUGACAACUUUAGAGUCGUGCGAUGACGGCAAAGAAAUCUGCCAAAAAGUGUGCGACACGUUCAGAGUUUUAACUUUUAGCUUUUUCGUGUUUUCUCGUUUCUGUCGUCGUUGUUGUGGUUUCUUGAGCUUGCUGUUAACGUCAAUGCCACGCAAAACAAUUCUUGAUCUGCGGCGAUUUCGUUGAAAAAACCGACGAUUUGAUGGAAAACGCGCAAUAGGAACGACGUCCGCAGGUAUCCUAAGAUAAGCUUUUUCUCUCAAGGAGUUAGGCUACGCCCAUAGUGAGAUGUUUCGUUUCCUAUUGUCCAUUCGUAAAAGUGGGUCAAAUAGUUUUCACUUGCCAACGUUAGUAAUACAGAAAUGUAAGUUGUACUAACGUAAAAGUCUGUAACCUUGAAAUUGUACGAUAUUAAAAUUAUCACUCGGCUGAAACCCGCUAUUCAGCAGGCUUUUACUAACUAUUUGCACGAACUAUUUAUUUAGUUCGAAGUUCUAGCUUGUGAGCCUGGGAACGCAAUCUAAUGGUGUGACCAUUCAAAUGAAAUCUCUUUAGCAGUACUUUCACAUAGUACUUCAUUGUAUUUAUUUAGUACGUAGUACUUAGUACGUAGUACUAUCUUUUGAGUCGGUGGACGAAAUCCUUCUGUUUCUGUGACCAUUCAGGUGAAAACUCUUCAGCAGUUGUUUUAGUCUCUUAAACGUAAGUCCUUCCUUUGGUGCAACCAUUCAUUUCAAACCUCUUCUAGAGUACUUUUGCAUGGCCGCAUUUGCUUGUCAGUACAUUUAUUAAAGACGUGGAAAUUUUAAUUUUUCUUGCUUUUUGCCUUUGGCACUUUUAUGAGAGAGAGAGAUGACAGUUACAGUGCAAAAUGUGUUUUUUAUAACGAGGGUAUGUUAUAUCGGGCUGUUAUCCCAUGCAUUUUACUAUAGUUGGGGAGAUAAAAAUCAUUCUCUAUGUACUACUACCCCCUGUUGGCCCCGGAUGCAACCCAGAUAUAACAGAUAACAGGAAAUUGUAUUCAUUAAAAUGGGGAUUCGUUACAUCUGGAUAUUACCAUACUGUGGAAUCCUGGUGUUUCGAACCACCUUGGAAAAAGCAAAGUGGUUGGAAUUAUAGUGUUAAACUGGCGAAGGGAAUCUAGGUUUGGUCCCAAUCAUCGAGAAAUCGCGAUUUUUCUGUAUUAAUUUUACUGUAACUGAGACGAGGAUAAUAAUUCCUUGUACCGGGGUAAUACGUUACAUAAUGGGUUUAUAAUAUCGAUUUCCUACUGUAAACCGUUUUGAUAUUUCGCCCGCAGGUCACGUAGAGCAUUUUGCUGACAAAUGUGGUGGUGUUCCCGCUUGGCUAGACAAGAACACAUACUAUACAGCAUUUACCGAGGGAUGGGGUCUGUACAGUGAAAACCCAAUACUAUCUGAUGACACAGAUACUUAUAAGGAUAACCUUCUGCAGAAGUAUGGUAUGCUGAAAUGGCAGGUUAGUCAGUCAGAAGUACAUAGAGACGUUUAGAUUCUAAGGCGGGAACGACUGCGAGAGCGAGAUUUUAGUGAACUUACGCAAAGACGUUUUUGAGCGACGCACAUCAACCGGAAGUGGCCUUUUUACAUUUUUGAGCGGUAUUUUUGCUCAAAUUUUUGGACAAAUCGUCUCUAUAAUAAGCAAGAGACGAAGAAUUACAAAUUUGGUAUUGUCAAUUUAUUUAAAAAUAAACAAUAUCUCACUUCCGGUUGACUUGCGUUGCUUAGAAACGCCUUUGUUUAAGCUCCUAUUUGUCAAUACUAAAUCUUUGUUCACACGGCACCGGACGCGGUUGAAAAUUCGUACGUUUAGAUUUUGCGUUCACACGGAACCACCUUCACCCUACGAAAAUUUAGACGCUUAGCCGUUCAAAGUUUGUGUGAACAGAGCGAAAAUAUUGAAAGAUCCGGUGUGAACGAAGUGUCCGUUGCCGUUUGAAUGUAGCCUAAGUGGUUCGCGCGUGAACCAGUGUUAUUUUGGCGGGAAAACAUGAUACCCGUCGUCAUUCUACUACGAGUUUUAGCGGGAAUGUCGUAGUGGUGGAAACAAGUUAUCAAAUGCUAGAAGUUUUAUCAUUUUGCGAUCGGGAGAAAGCUGUAACGUCCUUCAAACACAUAACCCUGCUAACUAUUCUGGUGAAUAAAAGUACAGUGAAGCUUUCCGGGGUGCCUUUUCCGGAAUCUUUCUGUAAAUGGUAAACCAGCUCUUUUAUCACAUCCACAGACUUGGCGUGCUGUACGGCUGAUAGUGGACACAGGAUUGCACUCACGCGGCUUAAACAGGUAAGCUUUAUUGUAAGCUUGAAUUGUCGAUUCAAUUUCUUAAAUCGAGAAGAAUCUCUAACCCUGGCUCUCACGUUGUUGAUGAUGCUUGAGAAUCUUUGCGCUAUGCCAGCGGGAGCUGAAGCUUCUAGCAUAUCCUUAAAUUAAAGCCGCGUUCAUGGUCAAGAGUUUGAGCUAGUAGCAAAGAACAUCCACUGGUUCUUUACAUUUGGCUUCGAAUAUUAGGCACGCAUUCUUGUGCUGUAGACGUGUUGGAUGUGAAAAAGGAAGAAGUACACGAGUUUAUCAGUAUUUUAUACUGUCAAGUGCCGCCCUCGAAAAAUAAAGUUGUAAGUACACCACUUUAUGACCCAUGGUCUCAUUGGUGUAAUAAGAAUUGGUGGUGGUGGUGGUGGUGAUGAUGCAACCAGGAAAAUGGUGACGGCUACGAAAACGUCAGCUAAAAAAUGAUGAUCGCAGUGCUUCAAACUUUGUCGCGCUUAUUUCAUCUCGUUUGAUUCGUCAAAUGUUGGCACAUUUUGUCGAAGUUGAAUACUAAAGGACAGUAUCAAAGUCGAGGAAAAGAAAAAGAAAGUUGUUAUCUUGUGUUCGCCUCCUCGACAAAACGUAAAAUUAGGUACUUUCACGUUGUAUUAGUGCAACGACUGCAAAGAAAUGUAGAAAGAACGAGAGCGUGAUGUACGUGCAAAGUUGUUGUUUUGUUAAUCUAAACUAAUUUCCUUUUUGCUGUUCUCGUUGCCGUCGCCGUCGUCGUUGCUUAAGCUCCCUUAUGUUGAUAAUGAUGAUAAUAUCGCAAACCGAUCCUUAGGUGCUCUUUGUUUCCUCGGCAAAAAUGUUAAAGAGAGCUACAACCAGUUGCAAAAGUACUUGAGACACUGUACCGUAUUUUGGCUUAAAUGGCCUGUCCAUGAUCUUGUGCUUGUGAACCCCCCUCCACCCCUUAUCAAAGUUGCUAGCAAUACAAGACCAUACUCAAAACUUGGAGGAACAACUUUGAAUGGGAGGGAGGAGGAAGGUCAGUAUUAUAUUUUACAGACCUGUGACCAGGAGCGAUUUGAAGCAAGAAAGGUCGUUUUUCCGUGGGAGUGUCUCAUCAUUUUUGCAACUGGUUGUAGCUUGAAGAGGAUGUCAGAGAAGGCUUGUGACUGUAAAGUAGGCAACAUAUGGAUGUGCGUAGAUAUUAAUUUCCCAAGACCUAUCUGCACUGUUUCUUUUUUCAAUACCGCUCUUACACGGAAAACAAGCCCAUAGCAAAAUAAUCUUAUAGUAAAAUUGCUAUUUCCCUUAUUUUUACUUAGGACUCAUGCACUGAGUUUAUUUGAGCAAUAUGCUUGGGACACAUCAGACUUUGCAGUUAAAGAGGUAACUCGAUACCAGAGCGACCCAGGACAAGCAACCGCGUACAUGUUAGGGAGACUGGCGCUAAUAGAAUUACGCAACAAGACCAAGAAUGCAUUGAAAGAUAAAUUUAGCCUUCAGGACUUUCAUUACCAGGUGCUAAGCCAAGGUUCCGCCCCACUCUCCUUCCUACAGAGUCAUAUUGAUAGGUACAUCAAGUGCAUGACCGGGGCACUUGGUAAGGAAGAGUGUAGUUACGUGCUGGAGCCAAUCAAAAGUGCCAAGACUGCAAGGGCGCAAUCGUCUACUCGAAAAAUGCCCCCAAAGCCUCCAAGGGUGCAUUAUAUAUAAGAGAAUGAUUUUAGUCUCUUUAUUGUUCAUUAUAGAGAUUUAUUUUAUCACUGUUGUUGAGAAAAAGUUGACUUGUUCGUUUUUUUACUUGAUUCCCCCCCCCCCCCCCCCCCCCCCCACACACCAAGAUUUUUUUUUCCCUCUCCCACGUGACGAGUUAUAUCAAAUAUAGAACACAUGUGUUCUUUAGUUGUGAGUAUUGAAAUAAAAAGAAUUAUAAACAUUUUUUUGUUUUUAAAAAUACACCCCAAAGGUCCUAUGGGGUAUUAUAUAUAAUAGAUUUGUUUUUGUUUUUUUUUUUUUCUUUUUAUGUAUUUUUUUUAUUAAUGUUGUUGGGAAAAAAUUUGCUUUUUCGUUUUUUUUAUUUUUCCCCCCCCCCCCCCCCCGCGCAAAAAGAACUGAAUAUUUGUAUUGCCUAAUACUAGUGUAGAGAUUUAUAUUACAAUGAUACCAGAUGUAUGCUUAUUUUGAAUUGAUAACAAUCAUAGACUUUUUAGAAUUUUUGGCAG